AUGGGUUACGCAAUAUAUGGAUACCCUACAAGGGGAUCAAGAUAUUACAAUCGCAGAGAGCUGCUACAUGGUAAUUAUCUAAUCAGUGAUGAGAAUAAUACAGGGCCUGAUAAAAAGGUGAAGAGACAAAAAAAAAAAGAUGGUAGCGCUAGAGGUGAGGUGAAUCGCGCAAAGACCAUUCAAGAUCUUCCUCUAGAGGUGAUACAGCGGAUCUUUGUCCUCUCUUUGAAUAUGCGCUCCCUGCCUUUUGUCAACAAGUAUCUAUAUUACACAUUGAGACCUUCGCCUUCUCUAUUGCACCAGCUGACGUGGGAGAAAUAUUCCCUGGAUCCGCUGCCGCAAUGCAUCAUCACAAAUAAAAUACCAGAUGGACAGCGUUUGCUCAUAGAUGACAUCUUCUUGAAUGAGACUUUUCUUGAGUUUUUGGCUAGGCAUUACGAAGGCCUUUUGAGCAAAGUAUAUUGUUUUAUACCGCAGGCUGUUCAUCAUAAGUUCCUUGAGGAACGCAACAGUGAUAUAAUAAUCCGUUGGCUAGGUGCAGAGCAUGUGAUGUACUAUCCUGGCGUAUUCUCUCAAAAUAUGGAACUGUUUUUUACAAAAAAGGACUUUAUCUUUUAUCUGAGAAGGUUUUUUACUCUGUCAGAUCCAUACUUCACUAUCAAAGCUUUGAUUCAAUGGUUCUUAAGGGAGCAAUUAGAGUACAACUUUGAAGGGUUUUUUUCAACCGUCGAAUUCAUCUUGGAUCUGCAGGAGCAACCCUCGAGGGAGCUGCUCUCACCAAUCCCAUUGAUAUCCUUACUGGAGUGUCUGCAUGGCCCGAAUAACUUUGAUAAAUUAGUAUCUAAGUUGCUGGAAUCCAGAAAUCCCCUAUCUAAAACCUUCACUAGGGUUUCUUGCGUGAAAUUAUUUAUUGAAAAGUUUCAUUCAGACGUAGAUUCGAAAAAAGAGCUAUCUGAUCCCCUCGUAUGGAAAACUCUAGGAGCUAUCUCAGAUGUUCAAAUCAUUGAUCUGAUAAUUGAAAGCGGUGGAAAUCCUCAAUAUGACAUGAUAAUUUAG